CGUUACAGUACGGCGCCAAGCCGAACAUGUCCCACCGAGGCCAGGGACUUUGACCUGUAAUUUUCGAACCGUACAAACCCUAUCACCUGAAAUCUAAUCCCAUGGCCCCGGCGACAAUGUCGCCCUAGCAAGCACAAGCUACUCCCCUGUAUUGUUGACAACAGAAAUCCCUGACGGGCUACUAAGUCGUUCCUGGUGCUUUAUCUCCCUCCUACAUACAUACCUAGAUACCUACUCUACCAAUGACUACUAGUCGGUCCAAGCUAUCGCGCCAACCAUAAGAAGCCGGAGGCGGUGGCAUCCCCCCUCCCACGACAGCAACCAGCCACUGUGGAGUGCAAUACCCAAUAGAUACAUUCGCAUGUACGGAAAAAGUACUCCUUUUCCACUGAGAAGAGGGGGUGCACACGCAGUCUAUCCCUCCCCACGGAGGUGACAUCAUACAGGACGAGUUAGGUUUGCGGAGACACGGAGACUGGACCCUGCCGAUACAGUACCUCGAUAUUCGUCAAACUAGAUAAACGCUGCUCGAUUCCCUGCUCAUCGAGAUCGCCACACAAUCUACACAAUGGACUACUCACCCACAUCAACGACUAUCCCAUGUCCCUUUCCAUCGAGUGAGCCGACAGAUGCGACUAUUCAAUGUACACGUCCUCUUUGCCAGCAGCGACGUGCAUCCCGCACACGAACCAAAUCCUCAUCCAACUCUCCCACAACAAGAUCGAAACAUGAGCGUUCACGCUUAAAGUGCAACAGCCAAUCAUCGGAAUGUGUUGGCCAUCCACUCGGCAAUGUCUCUGUAUUCCAGACAUCAGCCAUAGCCUCGGCCUUGACGAGCGAGACCGAGUCCCCCAAAUGCCACACCAACGCGCCAUGCCAUGUGCAUGGAGACCAGGGAUUAUCGCAUAGCAUGCUACACAUAGACAAGGCUAUAAACAAGUCAGAAAGUCGGGGAGUCUCGCAUAAGAGGCCCAGACGCCAAAGCCAUCCGCCAAAACCCCAACACCACCAACGGCAGGACCUACGGCUUUGGGAAGUGAAUCCUUCUCAGCUUGUCAACAACAAGUCAUGCACGUCCUGCCAGACUGAAGAGACACCGCGAUGGCGCACGGGACCAGCAGGGCCGAGAACGCUGUGCAAUUUUUGCGGUCUAAUAUAUGCGAAGCGACAACAGAAAUACCACAAUGCACCUUCUAGUCAGUGCUUUAGCUCAGAAUAAGCUUCCGGUUAAUGAUGAGCUCCCGGCAACUACACACGAUUGGAAGCCUGUGCGGUUUUGUUUAUGAUAUGACUAGGGAGCAAAAGGCAAGGGGGAAGAAAAAGGAAUUCCAAGCCGCUCUACAUUUAUGAUUCAUGAAUUAAGAGACCAAAAUGUAAUAAACAUGUAAGAUAAAACACAAAAUACUAUGCCUGCGAAAUGAUUAUGUGGCAUGUCUCGAAUUUAUUAGGCACGAUAAGGUCAAAACAUCGAAAUCAGCAAAUACAUAUGCAUACUUGAACAAAACGGAA